UAUACAGCAUACUGUACAUUCCAUAAGCAUAUAUUCCAUGCCCACGUCCAAGGCUUUGGAAACAGAAACAUGCUUGCUGAAAACCACAACUGUAUUGCCUGAAUUCCUGCAGCAUUUAAUAUUCCUUUUGUUUGUGUCCCAUGGAAAAUAGCACCUCUAAUCUUGGUGGCUGCAUCGUUUUAACUGCAUAGAGGGCAGGUGUCUUUUGGAAUUAGGAUUAAAGAACGUGCAGUAAAGAGAAAGCAUCGAAGACACCAUCACGAAAGAAGAUGAUGGCAUGUCCAGUUUCUACUCUGAAGCAAUAUAUUUUUGCCUCUUCUGUAUAUAUUUGGAAAGGAAGAGCUGACAGCAAAAACAAAAACAAGCCAGAAACUAAACUCAUGAUUGGCGAGAUCCCACACAGUAUCAACCUUGAAGGAACCAAAGCCGGAGGCAUGUGCUUUGUGGGAUCUACUUAACCACUUAUUCAACAACUAUGCACUGAGCACUCUCGCCGUCCUGGAGUGACGGUCACACAUUGCAGAUAAGACACGGUCCGACCAACAAGGACUUAGCAGUCCAGGAACUUGGAAGAAAAGCACCUGGUGGUCACAGAGCAUGAGGAUUAUACUAAUAAGAAGAUUAAAAGAAAGUUCAGCUCACACAGCCCCAGAUAAUCACAAAUAUUCCCACAACUCCAUGCUGUGUGCUGCAGGCUGGUCCUGAACCCAGAUCUCUGGCUGAGAGGAUGGGGGCAGAUGGGGAAACAGUGGUUCUGAAGAACAUGCUCAUUGGCGUCAACCUGAUCCUUCUGGGCUCCAUGAUCAAGUCUUCAGAGUGUCAGCUGGAGGUCACCACAGAAAGGGUCCAGAGACAGUCAGCGGAGGAGGAGGGAGGCAUUGCCAACUACAACACAUCCCGCAAAGAGCAGCCUGUGGUCUUCAACCACGUGUACAACAUUAACGUGCCCUUGGACAGCCUCUGCUCCUCAGGGCUAGAGGCCUCUGCUGAGCAGGAGGUGAGUGCAGAAGAUGAGACUCUGGCAGAGUACACAGGCCAGACCUCAGACCACGAGAGCCAGGUCACCUUUACACACAGGAUCAACUUCCCCAAAAAGGCCUGCCCAUGUGCCGGUUCAGCCCAGGUGCUGCAGGAGCUGCUGAGCCGGAUCGAGAUGCUGGAGAGGGAGGUGUCGGUGCUGAGAGACCAGUGCAACGCCAACUGCUGCCAAGAAAGUGCUGCCACAGGACAACUGGACUAUAUCCCUCACUGCAGUGGCCACGGCAACUUUAGCUUUGAGUCCUGUGGCUGCAUCUGCAACGAAGGCUGGUUUGGCAAGAAUUGCUCGGAGCCCUACUGCCCGCUGGGUUGCUCCAGCCGGGGGGUGUGUGUGGAUGGCCAGUGCAUCUGUGACAGCGAGUACAGCGGGGAUGACUGUUCCGAACUCCGGUGCCCAACAGACUGCAGCUCCCGGGGGCUCUGCGUGGACGGGGAGUGUGUCUGUGAAGAGCCCUACACUGGCGAGGACUGCAGGGAACUGAGGUGCCCCGGGGACUGUUCGGGGAAGGGGAGAUGUGCCAACGGUACCUGUUUAUGUGAGGAGGGCUACGUUGGUGAGGACUGCGGCCAGCGGCAGUGUCUGAAUGCCUGCAGUGGGCGAGGACAAUGUGAGGAGGGGCUCUGCGUCUGUGAAGAGGGCUACCAGGGCCCUGACUGCUCAGCAGUUGCCCCUCCAGAGGACUUGCGAGUGGCUGGUAUCAGCGACAGGUCCAUUGAGCUGGAAUGGGACGGGCCGAUGGCAGUGACGGAAUAUGUGAUCUCUUACCAGCCGACGGCCCUGGGGGGCCUCCAGCUCCAGCAGCGGGUGCCUGGAGAUUGGAGUGGUGUCACCAUCACGGAGCUGGAGCCAGGUCUCACCUACAACAUCAGCGUCUACGCUGUCAUUAGCAACAUCCUCAGCCUUCCCAUCACUGCCAAGGUGGCCACCCAUCUCUCCACUCCUCAAGGGCUACAAUUUAAGACGAUCACAGAGACCACCGUGGAGGUGCAGUGGGAGCCCUUCUCAUUUUCCUUCGAUGGGUGGGAAAUCAGCUUCAUUCCAAAGAACAAUGAAGGGGGAGUGAUUGCUCAGGUCCCCAGCGAUGUUACGUCCUUUAACCAGACGGGACUAAAGCCUGGGGAGGAAUACAUUGUCAAUGUGGUGGCUCUGAAAGAACAGGCCCGCAGCCCCCCCACCUCGGCCAGCGUCUCCACAGUCAUUGACGGCCCCACGCAGAUCCUGGUUCGAGAUGUCUCUGACACCGUGGCUUUUGUGGAGUGGAUUCCCCCUCGAGCCAAAGUCGAUUUCAUUCUCUUGAAAUAUGGCCUGGUGGGCGGGGAAGGUGGGAGGACCGCCUUCCGCCUGCAGCCUCCCCUGAGCCAAUACUCAGUGCAGGCCCUGCGGCCUGGCUCCCGCUACGAGGUGUCAGUCAGUGCCGUCAGAGGGACCAAUGAGAGCGAUUCUGCCACCACUCAGUUCACAACAGGGAACAGCUCCCACCUACAGGGGUGCCCUCGGUGGCCGCAGUCUUCUAGAGAGAUCGAUGCCCCCAAGAACUUGCGAGUUGGUUCUCGCACAGCAACCAGCCUUGACCUCGAGUGGGAUAACAGUGAGGCCGAAGUUCAGGAGUACAAGAUUGUGUACAGCACCCUGGCGGGUGAGCAAUAUCACGAGGUACUGGUCCCCAAGGGCAUUGGUCCAACCACCAGGGCCACCCUGACAGAUCUGGUACCCGGCACUGAGUAUGGAGUUGGAAUAUCUGCCGUCAUGAACUCACAGCAAAGCGUGCCAGCCACCAUGAAUGCCAGGACUGAACUUGACAGUCCCCGAGACCUCAUGGUGACAGCCUCCUCGGAGACCUCCAUCUCUCUCAUCUGGACCAAGGCCAGUGGCCCCAUUGACCACUACCGAAUUACCUUUACCCCAUCCUCUGGGAUUGCCUCAGAAGUCACUGUACCCAAGGACAGGACCUCGUACACACUAACAGAUCUAGAGCCUGGGGCAGAGUACAUCAUUUCCAUCACUGCUGAGAGGGGUCGGCAGCAGAGCUUGGAGUCCACUGUGGAUGCUUUCACAGGCUUCCGUCCCAUCUCUCAUCUGCACUUUUCUCACGUGACCUCCUCCAGUGUGAACAUCACUUGGAGUGAUCCAUCUCCCCCAGCAGACAGACUCAUUCUGAACUACAGCCCCAGGGAUGAGGAGGAAGAGAUGAUGGAGGUCUCCCUGGAUGCCACCAAGAGGCAUGCUGUCCUGAUGGGCCUGCAACCAGCCACAGAGUACAUUGUGAACCUUGUGGCUGUCCAUGGCACAGUGACCUCUGAGCCCAUUGUGGGCGCCAUCACCACAGGAAUUGAUCCCCCAAAAGACAUCGCAAUUAGCAAUGUGACCAAGGACUCAGUGACGGUCUCCUGGAGCCCUCCUGUUGCAUCUUUCGAUUACUACCGAGUAUCAUAUCGACCCACCCAAGUGGGACGACUAGACAGCUCAGUGGUGCCCAACACUGUGACAGAAUUCACCAUCACCAGACUGUACCCAGCUACCGAAUAUGAAAUCAGUCUCAACAGCGUGCGGGGCAGGGAGGAAAGCGAGCGCAUCUGUACUCUCGUGCACACAGCCAUGGACAACCCUGUGAAUCUGAUUGCUACCAAUAUCACUCCAACAGAAGCCUUGCUGCAGUGGAAGGCACCAGUGGGUGAGGUGGAGAACUACGUCAUUGUUCUUACACACUUUGCAGUUGCUGGAGAGACCAUCCUGGUUGACGGAGUCAGUGAGGAAUUUCGGCUUGUUGACCUGCUUCCUAGCACCCACUAUACUGCCACCAUGUAUGCCACCAAUGGGCCUCUCACCAGUGGCACCAUCAGCACCAACUUUUCUACUCUCCUGGACCCUCCGGCAAACCUGACAGCCAGUGAAGUCACCAGACAAAGUGCCCUGAUCUCCUGGCAGCCUCCCAGGGCAGAGAUUGAAAAUUACGUCUUGACCUACAAAUCCACCGACGGAAGCCGCAAGGAGCUGAUUGUGGAUGCAGAAGACACCUGGAUUCGACUGGAGGGCCUGUUGGAGAACACAGACUACACGGUGCUCCUGCAGGCAGCACAGGACACUGCGUGGAGCAGCAUCACCUCCACCGCCUUCACCACAGGGGGCCGGGUGUUCCCUCAUCCCCAAGACUGUGCCCAGCAUUUGAUGAAUGGAGACACUUUGAGCGGGGUUUACCUCAUCUUCCUCAAUGGGGAGCUGAGCCAGAAAUUACAAGUGUACUGUGAUAUGACCACCGACGGGGGCGGCUGGAUUGUAUUCCAGAGGCGGCAGAAUGGCCAAACUGAUUUUUUCCGGAAAUGGGCUGAUUACCGUGUUGGCUUCGGGAACCUGGAGGAUGAGUUCUGGCUGGGGCUGGACAACAUACACAGGAUCACAUCCCAGGGCCGCUAUGAGCUGCGCGUGGACAUGCGAGAUGGCCAGGAGGCCGCCUUUGCCUCCUACGACAGGUUCUCUGUCGAGGACAGCAGAAACUUGUACAAACUCCGCAUAGGAAGCUACAACGGCACUGCAGGGGACUCCCUCAGCUAUCAUCAAGGACGCCCUUUCUCCACAGAGGAUAGAGACAAUGAUGUUGCAGUGACUAACUGUGCCAUGUCGUACAAGGGAGCGUGGUGGUAUAAGAACUGCCACCGGACCAACCUCAAUGGGAAGUACGGAGAGUCCAGGCACAGUCAGGGCAUCAACUGGUACCAUUGGAAAGGCCACGAGUUCUCCAUCCCCUUUGUGGAAAUGAAGAUGCGCCCCUACAACCACCGUCUCAUGGCAGGGAGAAAACGGCAGUCCUUACAGUUCUGAGCAGUGGGCAGCCGCGAGCCAACCAAUCUUUUCUGUCAUUUGUUUGUAUUUUAUGAUAUGAAACAAGGGGGGAGGGUAAUAGCAAUGUGUUUUGCAACAUAUUAAGAGUAUGUGAAGGAAGCAGGGAUGUAGCAGGAAUCCGUUGGCUACCAUCUGCUCUUGGUUUCUGCUGCCCUGGAGCCUGACCCUCAGUCUCCAUUCUCCCUUCUACCCAGGCCUCCUCAACCUUCACCUCCUUUCCCACCAAGGAGGAGAAGUAGGAAGUUUUCUUAAAGGGCCAAUUCAAAGCCAAGUCAUGGGGUGCAGAUUGUUAUGGUGACAGGCGCACACCUUUUUCUACCCUUCUUCUGAGAUGUCCUCUGCCUUCCAGCUAUAUGUGAUUUUGUCACAGCCUGACAUGGCCAGGUUCUCACAUUGGCCCAGAAAAAAAGAGCCUCAGCAAGAGAGGUUUGCCAACAAUUCCCCUUAAAAGGAAACAGAUCAACUAUACUGCAUCCCAACAACCCAGGUUCUUUCCCCUCCUUCCUUCCUUCCUUCCUUCCUCCUUUCCUUCUUUCCUGCCUUCCCUCCUUCCCUCCCUUCUUUCUUUCUUUCUUGACAGUAUCUCACUCUUGCUCAGGCUGGAGUGCAGUGGUGCAAUCUCAGCUCACUACAGCCUCGACUUCCUGAGCUUAAGUGAUCCUCUCAUCUCAGCCUCUUGAGUAGCUGGGACCACAGGCAUGAGCCACCAUACCUGGCUGAUUUUUCUUUUAUUUUUUUGUAGAGUUGGGGGUCUCACUGUGUCGUCCAGGCUUGUCACAAACUCCUGGCCUUGAACAAUCCUCCCACCUCAGCCUCCCAAAAUGCUGGGAUUACAGGAUACAGCCACUGAUUACAACCCCAAGUCCUUUAUAAUGGGCCAAAGAUUCUCAUCUUCUGACACUCUUACUAUACCAGCCACAUGUCCUGUUACCUUUCAAGAACAGUGGCUCUUUUCUGGCCCUAAUGGAGCCUUUUGCCUAAUCCCAUCCUGUCUUAGACCCCAGAGCCUCACAAGCCCAACCAGCAUUUUGGAAUCUAGUUCCCAAGGCAUUGCCUGCUCCUGGCCCUGGGUGGCACAGUGGCUAUGUGCCUGUGAGUCAUCAGCCACUGCCCCCACCCUCAGGUCAGACAGUCACUUUCUGCAAAGGUAGGAGGGGGAGAUGGUUGUAGUUUUUAGCACUUUUGGGUCAGGCAUUGAAGAAAGGACUGAAGAAGUCAAAAUCAGGGUACUGCCGUAGAGAUUAUAGUUUCCAUGGGAAACACAGAUCUUCCCUAGCCCUGUUUUCUCCAUUUCUGGUCCUAUUUGUCACAGAUUCUUUUUUUCUGAAUUGCAAACCGAAGGCCUCAUAUCUGUCUUCACCCAAGCCCUCCUUAGUGUAGGUGGCUUAAUAAGAGUCAGAAGAAGAAGGUAUAUGCCCAGAGAGCUAUACCCCUGACUGAUACUCCUGGAAAGAGGUUGAAUUGUUUUUUCUUUUUUGGUCCUAUGGGAAACAGAAAUGACCUUCCUAAUGAGGUAAGAUCAUGAGACGCCUUUCCAUCUUCUUUUAUUAUUCUGCCUUGGAAAGGAAAAAUGACAACAGCCAAAGGAAAUUACAUCCAGAAAUCCAAAGGUGAAUAGGUGAUAACUGUGGGCCUACUUCCCAUUUUAUGAGAUGCACUGUCUUCACUAGCAUGAUUUGAUUCUUAAGCCCAAGAGAGCUAGAGGCUCUAGAAGCCACGACCUUUCAAUUUCUCCUCCAAAUCAAAUAUCAGCAACCAUCCCCGCAACAUCUGCCCAAAUCCAUGCCCAGUUCCCUGAGCUGUCUUCUCCCUUUCCUCUCCCAUUCCUCAAGGCCCAGCACCAUUUUCUGUAGUGCCUAUGUUUGUCUGACCAGGGCAGUGUGUACCUUUGCCAACCAGUUACUGGAUGAGCCUGAGUGUUGGCAAUUUUCUAAUGGAAACAUCCUCACUCUUACCAAGCUUUGAGAACCAGGAUGAACAGUCCCUUGGGCUGACCAUCAUGCCUCGGACCUCAUGGGGAUGCAGCCAGCCACCGUUGAAUGGAGGCACUCUCCUUGCCGCAGGCUUCUAGGCUUUGUUCACUGCUGCAGUGUGGAUGUGACAGGCAUACCCUGUAAAACCUGGGCGCCACUUGCAUUUCUCAGUUCACCAUGGGCUUCAACAAACUGGGAUGAGGAAAAAACAGAAACAGAUCCUUUCAACAAGCAUAUAAAUUACAGAAGACUUACCUAGAGACGGGGCAACAAUGAAUAGUAGGAAGCACAUUGCAUGGGAAACUUGAGGGCCGAGGUACAGGCCAACAGCUGUCAUCUUAGCUACGUGACAUCGACUGGGUUGUUUCACCUCUCUGGGCCACAGUUUCUUCAUCUGUCAGAUGAGAGAUUAGACUAGAAUGAGUUCUAAUUUCCCUUUCAGUUUUGACAGUCAACGAUGUUAAUCUGUGAUCUGAAAACCUGAGUAGAAAUUGGCAUGGUGGGACAGCACACUUAGGUAAUGAAAAUUCACUAGACUCCCUGUUUCAUGAGGAAAGAAGGAAGGAAGGAAGGAAGGGGAGGGAGGAAGGGAAAGAAAAGAGAGAGAUUGAUUCAGGAGUCAUAAGUAAAACACACACACACACACACGGAGCAUGCCGAGUGAGAGGCUGAACUCUUUUUGUCCAUAAAAACAGAGACCAGGUACCUGGGUGGUGCCAGCACAGCCCACUUCAUCAAGGAAUUUGAAAUGGAAAAAGAUUAUGUGUUGUCAAUUCAGGUGAAAGUCAAGAAACAUCAGUGGAAACCAAAAUCUUCCAUUUAUUGAAACCAUUCUACACUAUGGAACAUUUUUAUAAAUAGUACCAGUGGCAUUGCAUAGCUUUAUUUUGAGGCAAGAAAGAGACUUCAAAGAUCAGUUUAUUCAACCCUCUAUAAAAGGAUUUAUAGAUUCCUUUUAUUUAAUAGGGUGAUUUUCUCAUGAGUUUUCACCAUGUUUAAAAGACACUGUGCCCCACUCUCAUCCCAAGGUCUAUGGUCAACUUGACUCAAUGCUCUUAACUUUCCUCACUGAUUCCUGCUUAUCCUGCUCCUCCAAGCACAACUGCAUUUCCCAAAGGUAGAUCCAGUAAGCAAUACUCGCAAAGCACCCACCCUAUGCACACCAGUUUCCCUCAAGGGACUCAAAAGGAAUCGAGGUAGACCCUUCUCAGAGACUGUUUAACUGCAGACACAUCAGGUUACGUACUAAUACCCAAAACCAAAACCACCACCAAUGACU